AUUUAACUCCGUGAUGCAUGAAACUCAGGUCCUCCUUGGGGCAUUUCUUUUGUCGGAUUACUUUCCAUGGAUGGGGUGGCUCAAUAAGUUUAAUGGCGUUGAAGCUAGAGUUGAAAAAUGCUUCAAUGAACUAGACAAGCUGUACGAUGAAGUAAUUGAGGACCAUCUUGUUCCGACAAGAUCUACCGUUGUACACGAAGACAUUGUUGAUGUUCUUCUUCGAUUCCAGAAGGAUCCAUCUCAAGUUUCCCUUAACAAUCAACAAAUCAAGGGUAUCCUCACGGACAUGUUCAUAGCGGAGACCGAUACAACAGCAUCAACUCUCGUUUGGACCUUCACCGAGAUCAUAAGAAAUCCACCAUGUAUGCAAAAGGUGCAAGAUGAGGUACGAGAGGUUGCCAAUGGAAGAAACAUGAUCGAAGAAAGUGACCUUCCCAUAUUAAAUUACUUACAAUUAAUUAUAAAAGAAGCACUUAGGCUCCACCCACCUGUUCCGUUAUCGGUCCCCCGAGAAACAACGGAGGAUUGUAUCAUAGGAGAUUACGAAAUCUCUGCAAAAACAAGGAUCAUUAUGGACGUGAGGUCGAUAGGACUUGAUCCAAAAUAUUGGAAAAAUCCUAAUGAGUUUAGACCUGAAAGAUUCAUAAACAACAUAGUUGAUUUCAAAGGGAAACAUUUUGAGUUUCUUCCUUUUGGAGUCGGAAGAAGGGGUUGUCCGGGAUUGAAUUUUGCUAUCGUACUUGUUCAACUUGUUAUUGCAAAUUUUUUGAAUCGAUUCGACUGGAAACUACCUGAUGGGAUGAGGGUGGAAGAUGUGAAUAUGGAAGAAGAUACAGGGUUGACAAUGUUCAAGAAAACUCCUCUUUGUUUGGUAGCUACUAGGGUUGUGUAAAC